CCCACGUAGUGGACGAGUUCUUCUGGAUAGGCAGCAGCAUUGUGGCAUUCUCCAAGUGGAGGCUCGGCUACAUGGUGGAGAAAUGCAUGACUUCCAUGCAGAUGGGGACCCAGAUGGUGAAGCUCCGCGGAGGCUCCAAGGGACUGGUGCGGUUCUUCUAUCUGGACGAACACAAGUCCUGCAUCCGCUGGAGGCCGUCGCGCAAGAAUGAAAAGGCCAAGAUCUCCAUCGACUCCCUCCGGGAGGUGUGUGAGGGGAAGCAGUCGGAGAUCUUCCAGCGCUACGCCGAGGGCUGCUUCGACCCCAACUGCUGCUUCAGCCUCUACUACGGAGAGCACAUGGAGUCCCUGGACCUGGUAUCCGGCACUGGGGAGGAGGCACGGACCUGGAUCACAGGCCUCAAAUAUCUGAUGGCGGGCAUCAGCGAUGAGGACAGCCUGGCCAAGAGGCAGCGCACCCGAGACCAGUGGCUGAAGCAGACCUUCACCGAGGCCGAUAAGAACGGCGACGGCAGCUUGAGCAUCAGCGAGGUGCUCCAGCUGCUGCACAAACUCAACGUCAACCUGCCCCGACAGAAGGUCAAACAGAUGUUCAAGGAGGCGGACACAGAUGACAACCAGGGGACUUUGGACUUUGAGGAGUUCUGCUCCUUCUACAAGAUGAUGUCCACCCGUCGGGAUCUGUACCUCCUCAUGCUCACCUACAGCAACCACAAAGACCACCUCGACACAGACGACCUGGCCCGCUUCCUGGAGACUGAGCAAAAGAUGACCAAUGUGACCAAGGACCAUUGCCUGGAGAUUAUCAACAAAUUUGAGCCGUGCUCUGAGAACCAGAAGCAGGGAGCUUUGGGAAUUGAUGGUAUUACGAACUACAUGCGCAGCCCAGCGGGAGACAUCUUCAACUCGGAGCACUACAACGUGAACCAGGACAUGAAGCAGCCUCUGUGCAACUACUUCAUCGCCUCCUCACACAACACCUACCUGAUGGGUGACCAGCUGAUGUCACAGUCCAGGGUGGACAUGUACGCCUGGGUGCUGCAGGCCGGCUGUCGCUGUGUAGAAGUGGACUGUUGGGACGGACAGGACGGUGAGCCCAUCGUCCACCACGGCUACACCCUCACCUCCAAGAUCCUCUUCAAAGACGUCAUCGAGACCAUCAACAAGUACGCCUUUGUCAAGAAUGAAUACCCAGUCAUCCUGUCCAUCGAGAACCACUGCAGUGUUCCUCAGCAAAAGAAGAUGGCCCAGUACAUGAUUGAGAUCCUGGGGGACAAACUGGACCUGUCCGACAUCAGAGCCGAUGAGUCUGGACGGCUGCCGUCGCCAGAAACCCUCAAGGGAAAGAUCCUCGUCAAGGGGAAGAAACUGCCUCCCAACAUCGAUGAGAAUGCAGAAGAGGGAGACGUGUCGGACGAGGACAGCGCUGAUGAGAUGGAGGACGACUGCAAGCUGAUGAAUGGAGAUACCUCAGCCAACAGGAAGCAGGUGGAGAACAUGGCCAAGAAAAAGCUGGACAACCUGAUGAAGGAGUCCAAGAUCCGAGACCGGGAAGACCCAGACAGCUUCACCAUCGCAGCCCUCCCUCCUGCUGGGAAGCCCACAGACAAAAGUGGCACUAAGGAUAAGAGUGAGGACGGGACGGACACAGGGGACGAGGCUAAUCCCUGCAGCAACAAGCGUACAGGGCGCUCCUUCAUGGGCAGCUUCUCUAAACGCAAGAAAAAGGCUAGCAAGCUGAAGAAGACCUCGAGCUUUGAAGACACAGAUACAGACCAAGAGAGUGCAAGUAGCACCUCCCGUGCCCCCUUGCACCACAGCAAAAAGAAGAAGACCAUGAAGUUAUCCAGGGCUCUGUCUGAUCUGGUCAAAUACACAUGCUCUGUGGGUCUCUAUGACAUCGAGGCACAAGACAAAUGCAGCUGGCAGGUGUCGUCGCUCAGUGAGACCAAAGCCCACCAGGUGAUGCAGCAGAAAGCUGCGUCCUUCAUCCAGUUCAACCAGCGACAGCUCUCCCGCAUCUACCCGUCCUCUUACCGCGUGGACUCGUCCAACUUCAACCCCCAGCCCUUCUGGAGCGCCGGCUGUCAGCUUGUUGCACUCAACUACCAGUCGGAGGGCCGGGUCCUCCAGCUUAACAGAGCCAAAUUUUACAGCAAUGGCAACUGUGGCUACAUCCUCAAGCCUGCCUGCAUGUGUGAAGGUGCCUUUAACCCCAAUCUGGAGGACCCGAUGCCGGGCCAGAUGAAGAAGCAGCUGGUGUUGAAGAUCAUCAGUGGACAACAGCUGCCCAAACCCAAAGACUCAAUGCUAGGAGACAGGGGAGAGAUCAUUGAUCCCUUCGUGGAGGUGGAGAUUAUCGGCCUGCCAGUGGACUGCUGCAAGGAGCAGACCAGAGUGGUGGACGAUAACGGGUUCAACCCGAUGUGGGAGGAGACUCUGGUGUUCACGGUCCACAUGCCGGAGCUCGCCCUGGUGCGUUUCCUCGUGUGGGAUCAUGACCCCAUUGGCCAGGACUUCAUCGGCCAGCGCACCAUCUCCUUCAACAGCAUGGUUCCAGGUUAUCGCCAUGUGUACUUGGAAGGUAUGGAGGAGGCUUCAAUCUUUGUUCAUGUAGCUGUGAAUGACAUCACUGGUAAGGCCAGAGCAGCCACCGGUAUAAAAGGGCUGUUUCACAGAAACCCAAAGCAGUCUUCCCUGGACAGCCAUGCUGCUGCGCAGCGCAGCCGUAAGCACCCGUUCGGUGCCCACCUCCUGCGCCGCACUGCCAGCGCACCAACCAAAGGCCAGCCCAAAAUCAAGAAGGGCUUCCCAGAGAACGCCGUCGACACCAAAGACUACAGCUCAGAGGGUGCUAGUGAAGAACGAGAGUCCGAGGACAGGGACAAGGCCUCUGCCGCCACCUCUAACCAGCCCACACCACCACAAAGCCGCAACAGCGGAUCUCUGGCAUCCCACCAAGCCAAGGACCCCUGGGAGCGUCCUGACACUAAUGGGGCUAUUCACCCUGAGGAGGGUAAAGAUUGUUCCGCAGUGCAGAGACCAGCUUCUACACUUAACUCUGAAAAUGCCAGAAACACACGCAUCAUCCGUUCUGUCUCCACUCCAGAAAACAGCCUGUCUUCAAAUCACUUCUCAUCUACUCCACUGCACUCACCAUCCACAGCAAUAAAUGCAAGCUCUCCAUUGAAAGCUCCUUCAAACGGGGUGGUAUACGGUCCUAUCAAUGUGAGCGGAAACCCUAAGAAACCUCCUGCCUCCAGAACCACGUCACUCCCUAUGACGAACCCUGCUGAGAACACUGUCCCAUCGCAGUGUGGUCAAGACACCCAGACUAAUAGAGGCACUCAUUCAUUCAUGGAGCACACACCAAACCAGAGGCAAAACCAAGAAACUCUGUCGGAAAAGAAAAAUUAUGCAGCAGGGUUAAGGUCUGAGCCCAGAGUGGAGCCUCCUGCUGCACCAGUAUCCACUGGAACCCCGCCGGUCCCUGCAGCUCAGACAGGCCAGGCCAGGAGAGCACUGUUUAGCAAUCUUCCAUCGCACGCACCAGUAAGAAGAACAAAAAGUUUGGGCCACGUUCUGGUGGCUGUAGCCUCAUCUGGGCAGGCCCAGUCGGCAGUGCCAGAGGUCUGCACGGACGCUACCAUGAACGAUCGCCUUUGGAGCAAGCUGGAGCCAAGCAGCCACCGAGACAGCAUGUCCUCCUCCUCGAGCAUCUCUUCCAGCGACACCGUCAUUGACCUGUCCCUGCCUAACCUGGCCAGGAAGAGCGUCAGCAGCCUGCCCACAGCCAGCGGCACCUGCGACCCCCACUGGGUCAACUGUCGUCGCUCAGCAUUAGUCGCCUACGACGCGCUGCGAGUCAGCAAGAGCAAGUCGAUCCCCAAUCUUCAGGAAGGCGAGUGCCACAAAGAUGAGCUUAAGCCCCGCCCCCUGCAGCCCCCCCAGGAUGUUGCUGUGGACUCACCCAGCAGACUGACUCAGAGGAGGCAUACCUGGAGCCGGCUCUACAUGGAAGGGCUCAAGCAGUCAUCGGCCAGCAGGCCUUCCCCUGCGCCUACAACCCCAACAGCUACAGCCUCCAUGUCCAAAAGCCUUGGCGAUCUGACAUCUGACGACAUUUCCUGUAACUUUGACAGCAAGUACCGCAGCAUCAGCCGCAGCUUCAUCGUCAGGCCAACCAGGGAGCAGCUCCGCAGGGGCAGCCCGCAGAAGUCUCGGUCGCCCAGCUACCUCACAGAGCAACUACGGAAGCUGACUGAUGUGGAGCCCCUGACUGCGAGCGACUUUGCCCCGGAAAACAGGCCGAACGAGUCACAGGAGGAGUUUGUGGAUGAGACCCUGAUGCGAAGGACCUCCUCGAGGAGCCAAAGCAGGGUGCGCUACAUUGCAAACAGGGCCAAGAAGGCCCAGGAAAGGCAGAAGCUCCAGAGCCUGGCCCAGGGCAGAAGUGCAAGCUUUAGCCUUACUGGUAUCAUCGGCAGCGGAAGUAUUGCUAGCCCCAUUGAGGAGCGGGGGAACCCCGAAGGCGCGUGUUGCGUGGCCCAGAGUCCCUGCACCAGCCUGGACUUGCUGGGUCAGCUCACCCCCCUAGAAACCCCCUCCCCGAGACAGUCCCAGUCCUCCCCAGACCCUGAAAACAGUGACGUCUUUUUCAUGCUCAAACUCUAAGAACUGGCUGACUUGGUGUGAGAGCUAGACACUUGGAAUACAGUCCAGUUUUUCUUUUUUAGAAAAAGUUGCAUAUCUUGCAGAAUAUCUCACAAAUUAUUUCAACAUCUCGCAGAAAACUGUGCUCCGCUGAAUUAGUGAUCCAUGAACAAUCAGUUCUACAUCUAGAGGUUGUGCAAGAUCAAUUUUUUUAACAUGUGCAUUCAGAAAACAUUGUCCUGAAGCUGCUGGACAGCAGUUCUUCUCCAAGCAACCUCUACUGCUCUGCCAUCUGUUUGCUCCAAAUGUUAGAUACAUGCCAGAAUGUAUUUAGUGAAAGAUACCGUUUUUAUAUAGCUGUUUAUGUUGACCAUGUUUAACUUUUUUUUGUGUAACAUUACAUGAGUGUACAGUAGCAACAGAUCCCAACUGGAGGACAGGAUAUUAAAUGACCCACCCUGUUUAUCUACAUGAACUUUUAUGGUAUAUUUUAACUGAGUUUAAAAUUAAAUACUUCAUGCCAAGGCUUUAUCAGCCCAUCCAUACAUCAGCAAUAUUUAGAAAAUGAUGGCAUGGGAUCUUAUUAAAGUUUGUUUGACAGCUUGAUGCUUAAAGCGGAGGCUGGUCUCAUGUCUUUGCUGAAAAAAAAAGGAAUUAUCACAAUACUGGAUAAAAUGUCUUGAUUUUUUUGUAUUCUUUGUGUAGUGGUUACAUUGUUAUUGGACCAAACUGCCAAUAUUUCGCAAACCUUCAUGAUUUGUGGCAUGUCACAGCACUGAGAUGAUGUACUUUAAAGCAAUGCUAGAGUACUCCAAUCCUUUAUUUCAUUUGACUGCAUGUCUUUUAUGCACUGUAAUGUUUAUCCUAAGGCUGUGUUUUAUUUUACAAAGACUUUUUAUAUAAAGAUUUGUUAAUACUCUAUACUCUGAUGAAUCGUCUGACGUUGGUCCAAACAGCAUCAUGUCUGAAACCCUGCGUUCUCAUUGGUCUGUGGUACUAAUACAAAAUGAAAAAGAUCUGUAUCGAAGCACGCUUAUUUAUCCACCCGCUGUACUGUUUGCACUGCCCGUGCCAGUUGUUUGUGCACAUUUUUAGGGACAAUAUUUAAUUCAAGACAAUGUGUAAUUAUGACCUGAAUAAAUCUCAAAUUAAUAUUA